AUGUUUUCCACGGAAACAAAACAAAACAAAUGCUCACUCUCUAGACAUGCAAAAGUGCCGAAAGCAAGAGACCACAAGAAGAAGAAGGAGAAGAAGAAGGAAAAUACUAUACUGUUAAGAAAACGAUUGGUAGUAAUGAGAGUUGCACACCGAAGAUUCAAUGCUGGAAAAUGA